AUGCGAAAAGUGCGCGCUCUGAGUCAACGACGUGCUCCUAGCAACGCGGUGGGCGAUGACUUUUGGCAAGCGCCAUCACUCACAGCCAGUGAACGUGCUUAUAUGAUCCGCAAGGCAAAGGAAGCGUCCGUAGCACUCGUAGAUCACGCACAUACACUGGAUGGACCGGUACAAUGGCAUUAUACCGGUAAACUGCACGGUAUCCAAAUGUACCGAGGUGAAGGCAGUUACGACCGUGGUGGAAAUUCCGGCACGGAAUUUCUCUGUGGUGUGACGACGAUGAUGGGUUCGAUUGAAGAGGUAGCGGUCUAUUUUGAUCAGCAAACGACAGAGGAAAUGAUUGCUAAGAAGGCGGAAGAUGUGCUGGACUGUGGUGUUCUUUACUCUCUUGUAAGGGGAGACGUCAAGAAUCCAUUCUAUCGAGUCUCAGCCAAGUAUCAGCUCUAUGAAGGUCCUUCUGCGUUCUCAAGAGAACGAGAUUAUUGCUUUUUAGAGUGUCAGAAUACAUUUCGACAUGCUUCAGGACGUCGAGGCUGGGUGCUCAGUAUGCACUCAAUUAAACUCCCUAAUUGUCCUGAAUUGGAUGGGGUGGUACGAGGAAGUAUGUAUCAAUCGGGAUAUGUGUUUGUGGAGGCAGAAAAAGAUGGAUACAUGGAUGUAAUGCAUAGUUUACAGAUCAACUUCAAGACAACGAGUCGACUGCCUCAUUUCAUGUUGAAUUCGGCUUUGAAACGUCGAAUUUUAUCCGUUGUCACGAUCAGUCGAGAGAUUCGAACGACAAGAAUGGGACGACAGACGCUUUUGAAGAAGAAAGAACUCAUGCCAAAACGAGCAAGAGCAUUGUGUGUGAAUUGUGCACGCAAGUUUUCUCUCUUUGUACGUAAAACACGAUGCCGUGUAUGUGGUGAAGUGGUGUGUCAACCUUGUGCCCCACAGGUCAUGAUCUCGACCAAGCAGGGCCCAGUUAAGACCCGGGUGUGCACCAGAUGCUACCAAUUGUCUCCUGGUGACGAGUAUGAAUCGGUUAGUGCUCAACCUCAGUCACACAAUCGAGAUUACCUGCGACGAGCGCAGAAUAACACUCGAUACUCGGAUAUUUUGCAAGACCAGUACGACCAUCCGGAUUUGUACCAUGAGAAAGAUGAAGAUAGUUUGGGGGAGGAGGAUGAAGAUGAUGGUGGACUUGAGGAACAGUCCGAUUUUAGUGUAUUCGCGCAGUCUCGAUUUACUGAAGCAAGUCGCGAUUCCCUUGCAACGAGUCAGUUCGGUGCAUCCAACUUUGAAAGCUAUUUCGAGGAAUCGAGUCAUUUUGACAGCACAAGUGAACUUGACGAUAGCCAGUAUUACGAUGGCGGUUCCAGCGAGAGUAGUUUCGUUAGUGGGACCAGUUCGUCGCAGUGGAAGGGGGGCAAUAGUGCUACCAGCAGUAUCAUGGGAUGGAACCAGGCCAGCAGUGUCAAGCCCGCUGACGGCUACAUUUACGAUCCUCAAGCCUCUACGAGCAGUAACUUUUAUGGAGCGAGUGACUACGGUGGAAGUCACUACACGAUCGACGAAAAGUCUGACAAGCAAGCUGGUAGGGAUAAAGCAGCAGCACCAAUCCCAGAGAAUGAACCUUCUAGUCAUCCUGUUUAUACUAUCAGCCCCGAUACAAGCUAUAUUUCGAACACAGAUUACAAAUCAACCCAGGGCACAGCCGACACUUUCGACCAAGGGUCGAAUGCCAAGGCAACACAAGGCGCACAUUCUGACUCGAGUUGUGCAAGUCCGAGCUCCGAUUGCGCGAGCAAGACUGUGUCAAUCCAAAGUCUAGCGAAGGCUCGUUCGGCGCAUUACGGAAUCAAGAGCGAGUUCCCGCCUCCUCCACCCCCACUUUCCCCGCCAUCCGAAGAACACGAAGAAAGUGAAGAGAAUGCUAGCUCAUUACAUCUUAAGGUGCUGAAGUUGGACAAGUCUCACAGCUUACAAGAUCGAAAACCUAAGGGCACUGCCACGCGAAAAUUCUUUACACCGCCUCCUCCAAAAGAAGGACGUCGUGAAGUGGAUCAAACUUUAGCGGAGCGUGAUUCUAAGGUUGCCCGGAACAUGGCGUUUCAUGCCGCAUUGGCUAACAGGGACUUUCGGGUGUCUCAGGCUAGCUCAAGGGAUUCAAACGGGUUUGGUAACACUCGGUCUUCCGCGAUUUUGGAAAAAGUGCGCCGCAACCGUGGUCGUGAAAGUGACCGAGCUUCGGCAGUGUUGAAGUUUAAGGAGGAAGAACAUUUGAUGAGGAUGCGUGAAAUUGAGCGCAUACAAGGGCUGGCCAAAGAAAAAGCGGCUCGGCGAUCGAUGGCAUCGAGCGGAAAGAGUCAAGUAACACAGAAUGGUGGUUUGAGUCAGGCUGCUGCUAAAAAGAAGAAGGAGCAGCCACGUCGCAGUUCUCAUCGCUCUACCGCUGUGUCCCUUCUUGAUUCCUCAUUUGGACCUUCGCCUGGUUCCCCACCUGGGACCCCUCCGAGCAUGCGAGGGCGUCGCUUGCCCAAUGACGCAUUGUCUAAAAUUCAAUCAAAUCGAUCAAUUAGUGGCAAUCACUCGCGUCGUACGGAUGCUAGUAGCGAUAUCGGGGGGAAACAGUUCUUGUCAAACCGAUCGGACGCUAAUUUUGCAAGGCCGGGUGCCCGUGUUAGCCUCGAACCAUCUGCGCAGAGUGACGAUCUUGUGUUCAAAAGUCAGCGGUCUGAGUACCGUGUCAGCAAUGAUAGCCAGUAUUUGAAUGGCCAGCGUCUGAAUGGUUCUCCGGGAGCGAGCAAAAGAAGUAAGCCCUCGUUAGGCGGUCAACAGUUGGAUAGUUCUUAUGUUUCGGCCAUAUCCGAACAUAGGCUUUUGGAUGACCUUGCUUUCGAUGCAUCUCAGCUUUCGUUAGAUAAGACGAAUUUCUCCAGUAGCAUUGCAAUCUUGGAGAUCCCUGGUGAGUCACUAGACCACAUUGCAAUGAUGGAGCGAUCUAGCGAAGUACGUAGCUCGAUCGAUUCGAUGUUAAGCGAAGAUUUGCUGAAUCAAUCGUCGGCGGGCAUGAUUGAGCAUAUCAAUGCGAUGCGAGCUCGUGCAGCGUACAAGCUACCGGACGAAGAAGGUCUUCCGUCGUACGAGUUGCAAAGGCGACAAGAAGAGCACUUCAAGCGAAUGGAGGAGCUAACUAAAAUGACGGCCAACCACAUCGCUGAGGAAAAUAUUCGGCCAAGAUCGUCUACACUGGGUGGCCUCCACGAUAGCGCAAUUAGUCUCACGGGCUACUCCGGAAACAACUUUGGUGAUAGCACCAUUAGUUCCAGCAGUUCCGUCAGCUCUGUCGACGUCGACCAAGAAUUCAACUUUGAAUCUCGACCGCUUGGACGUUCAAAGCGUAGUGGCACUAUUCCCUUUGCAUUGGAGGAUUUGGAACAAGUUCCAGAUGUGGAAGAUGACGACAAGUUGAGUGAGGGCCCGGAUGAUUUUGACACGUCGAUUCGUUCAAGUGAAGAGCAUGCAGAGCAUGGCUACAAAAAUGAGCAAGAGUACCGAUUGAGCGAAGAAUGCGCCGACAUGAAUACCCAGGUUUCUCUGCCAACGUAUCAUUUUGGUGACGAGUAUGUGGGGGACAAGCAUGAGCACAAGAAUGAACCUAUAGAAGCAUUAUGCCGUUCGAGCGAGUCUGUGGAAAGCGAGCACGAUUUGGCCACCCCACCCCACCGUUCAAGUGGUUUGGCCACCCCACCACGCAGUGUGAGUGGUUCAGUCACCCCAUCACGUCGUUCGAGCGUAGGAACUGUGGGAAGCAAGCACGGAAAAAGUAGUGGAGUUGCGACCCCACCACGCCGUUCGAGUGUGGAGGAAUGUGGAAAGCAAGCACGAAAAAGUAGUGGAGUUGCGACCCCACCACGCCGUUCGAGUGUGGAGUCAGUGGAAAGUGAGCACGAACAUCAGCUCCGUCUGAGUGAGAAAAUAGUGGAGCACGCGCCGGAACGAAACAGUGGUCAUGUCAGUCCACUGUACCGUCCGAGUGAUGAAAAGGAGCUCGAACACGAACGAAAUACUGGCACAGCUACUCCACCGCGCUGUUCGAGUGUGGGGUCUGUGAAGAGCGAGCACAAACAAAAUACUGGCUUAGCUACCCCGCCGACUGUGGCAAGCGACCAUGACCAGGAUACUGGUUUUAUUACUCCACCGCGCCGAUUGCCCGUGGAGUCUGAAGAAAGCGAGUAUGAUCACACAAGCGGCUUAGCCACCCCACCGCGCCGCUCGUGCGUGGAGUCAGAGAGCGACCGCGGACAACAGACUGGUUAUGUCACCUCGCCAUUUCGUCUAAGUAUGAAAAGCGAGCACUUACAGACGAACGACUUAGCUCAAAGCGUGGAGUCAGCGGAGAGCGAACGCGAUCACGAGAGUGGAUCUGAUAGCGAUAGGUUAUCUGAUAGCUCAAGCGAAGAUUCUGUGGAACAUCAGCGCGAUACUGACGUGGAGGAAGCUGCUCACCGCUCUAGCGAGAAACCAGUGGAGAGUGAGCGUGACUAUAAAGAUGCCAAUUUAGCGUACCGGUCGAGCGCGAAACAAGAAUGCGAUCCAUUACACGAACCUGCAUACCGCUUGAGCGGUGGAACUGAAUUAGAGGAUACUGUCGCAGCGCCGCCAAGUAACGAGCCGGUUGCUCUUGAAAAAAGUGUUUCAAAGUUCCUGCCACAAAUGUCGCAGCUCAUUCCAGGCGAGUCGGGCUUGGCUGUUGACGAGUUUUUUGCUGACAGUAGACGGUCACUGUCCGAUAGGAAGCUUCCUCAGGUAAAUGAAAAUGAUGAUGAGGACACUGAUACGUUGAAUCUGUAUCAGAAACGCCUACACUUGAGCCAUACCACCAGUGAGGACUCGAACUCAGCGAUAGCGCCAAUCUCGAACGACUCUGACACAUCGGAGUUUGGUAUCUCUUGCCGUGAGUCGUGCAUAUCUGCGAUUGAUGAGGAGCUGGUGGGCCGCCCGACCAACGAGCUUUUUGAUAUGAUUCGCGCGAAUCGUCCGAUGUACAACUCUGGUGGAAGUCGUUCUUCGGACAUGAUGUUUGAUCUAGAGGCAAGCCACUUGCGGCGGAUGGAUGAGCUGAAUCGUAUCGCAAUUGACCACUUGGGCAAUCGCAUUUCCAAUCUAGAUGAUGAUAUGCUUGGUAGCGCAAUCCAGCCGGGUCGCCUAUUGCAUCGUGGACACCGAAACGAGGAGAAAGCGAUGCAGUGGCGUUCAUCCGAUGUCAUGGAAGAGGUCUAUACCAAGCACCAGGUCGACAUGGAGAGACUGCGCCGCAGAAUACGUCAGCUUGAGGAGGAAUGCCGCGAGUCAAUUGCGUCCGUGUUGACGGCAGAGGAAAUGGAUCUGUCUGAGUUUGACGACGACGGCAGCGAGCCAACCCACAAGGGUUUUAUCGGACGUCCGAGUUUUAAUCCCCAGAACUCCUUUAUGGCCCGGAGCGACUUGAGCUCUUCUACAAUUUCGGAGCAUGGCGGUACGGAUAUGCCGAUCGACGAGCCUCUACCCGCCCGGAUCCUUUUCGAGCAAAUUGCGCAGCUAACUCAGUUGCAGCAGGAAAUGGCCGAAGCUGAGUGCGAUGACGACGAAGAGGAAUUUCGGAAACGUAUCAAGGAGCAGUACCGGGUACUACGCUCGAUCAAGGCAAACAGUCGCGAGGAUCUCGAGUUGCUAAAUUCCCAGGCGCGCGAGUCAGUGAAUGAAGAUGAAGAUGAAGAGAACUGGAUUUAA